AAUCAUCAUUAACACACAACAGUUUAAUCAUUUUGUCUCUCAGAAGAAAUGGCAAGAACAAAGCAAACAGCACGAAAAUCGACAGGAGGAAAGGCACCAAGAAAGCAAUUAGCAACAAAAGCCGCAAGGAAAUCAGCACCCGCAACAGGAGGAGUGAAGAAGCCUCACCGUUUCCGUCCUGGAACUGUUGCUCUUCGUGAGAUCCGUAAGUACCAGAAGAGCACUGAGCUUUUGAUACGAAAGCUACCCUUUCAAAGACUUGUUAGAGAAAUAGCGCAGGAUUUCAAGACGGAUCUGAGAUUCCAGAGCAGUGCUGUGGCUGCACUUCAGGAGGCUGCUGAGGCUUACCUGGUGGGUCUAUUUGAGGACACCAAUUUGUGUGCUAUUCAUGGUAAAAGAGUAACCAUUAUGCCUAAGGAUAUUCAAUUGGCUAGGCGUAUUAGGGGUGAAAGGGCUUGAUGAUGAUGUUGUUUCGUUUUCUGGGUUAGGGUUGUAAUGUUCAUAGUGAAAGUUUGAUAGGUUAGUUUUGCUUGUAAUGAAAGCUUUGGAAAUGAAAUCAAACUUCACCUUGAA